AUGGCCAGGCUGGUGCAGGUCACCCCGGUGAGGAGGGCGUCCUUCACCGCGAACGUGGUGUCCUCCGACGGGGGGGCCGUGGGCGACGCGGGGGAGACGGUGAUCCCCGUGACGAAGCUGAAGGCGUCGGAGGAGUUCGAGAGCGCGCUGGUGGCGGAGUUGCGGGCGGGCACCCCGUUCGAGGUCGUCGAGGUGGGCAAGACGCCGAACCGCAUCAGGGUGACCACCCAGAACGGCGAGGCUGGGUGGAUCAGCAAGGCUUCGGAUCAGGGCAAGCCGAUCGUGAAGUGGGUCCGCAAGAGUCGCAACAGCUUCAACAAGGAUUGCAUCACGCACUACGCUUUAUCCCCGAGCGUGGUCCGGCUGGCUCUCACGGGCCUCUGGCAGCAGCCAGCGCCAGCCGGUGCCGGGUGCGGAUUAAUACGCAUCGAGAUCGCAUGCUUGUUCAUUGUGUGCUUCUUCCUCUCGGUGAUGAAGUGGGUGCGAUCAACAUGUUACCCACAUUGGUGGCGCAAUCGAUGCUGCAGUCUCUUGGUGUUGCUUGCGUUGUUGAUCAUGGCCAUCGGUCUCCAGAGGGUUGUUUUCACGUAUUACGCUCAUCAUGAAGAGUCUGCCGAAGCAUUCCUUAGCUGCGCAAUUCGAACGCUAUUCCUGCUCGUGCUCGUGCUCUACAUGUUUCUGGAGAUCCUGAAGGUCGUAGCGGCGAUGGCGAACUUGGAGGCGGAGUUUAUCGUGAAGACGUUCGAGGUGCUGCUGAUCUUUUUGGCCUGCCGGAGCUUGGUGGUUUUCUUGUCGCUGGGGGUGCUCAAGUUGUCUGUGAUGAUCUCUGAGAUUGGCCUGGUCUUCCUGACGCAGCCGCUCGUCUUCGUGGAGGCGCUGGGGCUGCCCUCCCUCCCCAUGGUGUUGCUGACGAUCGUGAAGCUUCUGACGUUCAUGGAACCCUGGGAAUUCGCGGAGCUGCUGACGUUUGUGGAGCUGUUGGUGAUCGCACUCUCUGCGCAGGUGACCGCGCUGCUCUCCGAGGUAGUGCUGGUCUUAUUGAUGAAGCUGCUCGUCUUCGUGAAGGUGCCGGGGCUGCCCUCCCUCCCCGUGGUGUUGAUGACGAUCGUGGCGCCUUUGGCGAUCGUGGCGCCUUUGGCGUUCGUGGAGCCGUGGAAGCUCGUAGAGCUGCCGACGCUCGUGGAGCUGCUGACGCUCGCAUUCUUCGUUUGCGGCUUUCCUGUUGAUUGCGUGCUCGUGAAGGUGUUGGGGCUGCUCUCCAUCCCCGUGGUUCUGCUGAGGAUCGUGGGGCGACUGACGUUCGUGGAGCCGUGGAAGUCCGUGGAGCUGCCGACGUUUGUGGAGCUGCUGGCUUUCGUGGAGUCGCGGACGUACGUGAAGCUGUUGCUGAGGUCCGUACUCGCCCUCGUGAAGAUGGAGGUAUCCGCGCUUGCCCCUUGGAAGGCGCUGAUCACCGACCUGUCGCUUUUCCAAGUGGUGGUGUUACGGUUUGUGGGGGCGCUGGAGGUUCUGAUGCUCUGA